UAAAUGGGAAAUAAUAACAAUGUGACAGAAUUUGUCCUCCUUGGCCUCAUCCGGGAUCCUGAAGGACAAAAAGCAUUAUUUGUCAUGAUUUUGCUCAUCUACAUUGUGACAAUAAUGAGCAACCUGCUCAUCGUGGUGACUGUUUUUGGCAGCCCCUCUCUAGGCUCCCCCAUGUACUUCUUCCUCGCCUAUCUGUCACUCAUGGAUGUUGUUUAUUCCACUGUCAUCUCUCCCAAAUUGAUUAUAGACUUACUCUGUGACAAAAGGACAAUUUCCUUCCCGGCUUGCAUGGGCCAGCUCUUUCUAGAACACUUGUUUGGGGGAUCUGAGGUCUUCCUCUUGGUCGUGAUGGCCUAUGAUCGCUAUGUGGCCAUCUGUAGGCCACUGCAUUACUUGACUGUCAUGAAUCGACAGGUUUGCAUUCUGCUGUUGGUGGUGGCCUGGGUUGGAGGUCUUGUGCACUCUAUGGUUCAACUUCUCUUUGUGUACAGCCUCCCGUUUUGUGGCCCCAAUGUCAUUGAUCACUUCAUCUGUGACAUGUACCCAUUAUUGGAACUUGCCUGCACUGACACCUACUUAAUAGGCCUCACUGUGGUUGCCAAUGGUGGAGCCAUCUGCAUGGUCAUCUUUAUCCUUCUGCUCAUCUCAUAUGGAGUCAUUUUAAAUUCUCUUAAAAGUCACAGUCCAGAAGGGAGGCGCAAAGCCUUGUCCACCUGCAGUUCCCACACCACAGUAGUUGUCCUCUUUUUUGUGCCCUGCAUUUUCAUGUAUGUUAGACCUGUUUCCAACUUGUCCAUUGACAAAUCCGUAACUCUGGUUUAUACAGUUAUCACUCCCAUGUUAAAUCCUUUAAUAUACACGUUGAGAAAUUCAGAGAUGAAAAAUGCUAUGGAAAAAUUCUGGUGUAAACAUUUAACCAAAAGUAAAAUAAAAACGUGUCACCGACACUGA